AUGGCCUCGCGCGAAGAAAAGCCGCAGAGCUAUCCCAUGACCAAUACCAAUCUGACAGUACCCGAAAAGACGGCCAAGGGACCAUCUACCCGGGUCUCCCCCCUGGAGAGAACCUCGAGCGGCACAACUGCCCGAUCCGACAACAGCAACCCAUUUGAAACAGAUGUCGAAGCUAUGGCAACCAACAGCUCCUUAGACAAACCACGAUCCAGCGUUAUUCUCACCAGGAAGAAGGACUGCCAGGUCUGGCCCAAUAAGCGCGACUGGAAGCAGCGAGCCAAGGCGGGCAAGCAAAACCGCACCUGUGCGUUCAUGCAACGGUUCAACCGACGUACCAGGAUCAUGAUGAAAGUCCUGAUUAUUGUUCUGGUCGUUGGAAUUGCCGUCGCAGUCGGGUUCGGUGUCAGCAAGCCCCUCGGUGCCCCUAUUUGGGGUGACCAGACGACACGCUCGUGA